AUACCCUGUAAUAUUUAAGCCUUAAUCUUUAAUAUUUAAGCCUUUGCCAAUGCCAAUGCCUUUAAAAGAGUUUUCAAAGAUUAAAUAUCUCUUAAGCUGUAUUGCGCUUCCCACACAAGAAUCGCAAAGUUAGGUAAAGAUGUAAUCCAGUAAAUUAUAAAGCCUCCAGUGUGUAUGUGGUGUCAGUUAAGCUUUUGUUUUGCUAUUGUAUUAUUAUUGUUGACUUUUUACUUUGCGCCACCUUUUUUGGGCACAUUGAAAACGGCGACGUCGGCGUUGGGGGCUCGUUAAGCUUGAUUGGCGGUCGCGUCUUUUUGUUUUGACCAUUUCAAACGGAUUUUCUGCAAUCUGGCCAAAAUGCUGUGAAUGCGUGUUGUCAUUAGUUGACCACAGGCGGCAUGUCAAAUGGCAAAUGAUUUGUGGAUUGCAGCGGCUGCGACAAGUGAACCGAGCGAAGCCACAGACACGAGUGUCGAAGUGCUAUCGUCUAGGGAGUACCACAGCAGCAAUUAGUUUUACAUAACCUGGCCCAAUGAGCGCGCCUCCGUAUCGUGAUCAAGGAAAGUUGUCACAAUCGAUACAGCGAAAUCGUGUGCGUUUCUCACAUGGAAAGUAAAUUUUGGCCACUAAAAUAAACUGGGUUCUACAUAGCGCGCCCAUUUGGGUCAUUCGAAAUCACGAUUAUGCCACCUUAGCUUAUAAAAGCCCGCCCACACAUGGCUCGAUCAGUUAGUGAUUGUCAAGAAUGUCAACCAAUUGGACGUAUUUGCUAAUUGUCAGCUCUACCCUGCUGCUGCUGCUAGGUAAAGCCUGUGCGGACGUGGCUCACUUCUUUGCGGCACCCUCUGAGUUUGGCAGCUACUUGCAUGGGCAGGUGCCCUUCCAGCUGGCGCUGCCUCAAUAUGGACCAGCUGCCGCAAGUCCUGUGACCCCAGCGCCUGUGGCUCCUGUAGCGCCUGCCACCACGGAGCUCAGCCUGCCGGAGAUAAUUGAUAAUCGCAGCAAUGUCAAGAGUCUCAGCCAGGCACAUGGCAAUUUCAUACCCCUGAGCCAGCAUUAUCUGCCACCGAGCAACGAGGAACGUCCCAGCUAUGAGAGUCCGAAGCCCAGCGAUGAAUUCGCUGGCUACUAUUAUCCACAGCCCAGUGCCAGCAGCACCACACGGAUUCCCUCGACAACAACAACGCCGCGUCCCAUCGUUGUGCAGGAACCCGGCGAGGAUAACGACGAUGAGCAACUGCCCGCCGCUGGCUACGAUUACCAUGCACCGCCGCAACGUCCCUCGACGCCAGCGCCCGUUUAUCUGCCGCCAGCGGAGAGCAGCACACAGCAUCAGCAGCUGAGAUUGCGCAUCAAGGACAUGCGCUGCCUGCAGGCUGGCUACUUUAGAGCAAUCCUCAAGCUGGACAGCUUUGUAGGCGCCGCACCGGUGCUGGACAACGACUACGACGAGUUGCCGGACAAGCAUUGCGAGCUGAAGCUAUCGCGCAGCUAUCUGCUCCUGGACAUAGCCGGCACAGACUUUGAGCGCUGCGGAGUGCGCAACUGCGGUCAGGACUUGUGCUUGCGACUGCGUUUCCCUACCAUACGUGGACUGCGCACUGGCGGAGACUCCAUCCUGACGCUGCACUGCAAGACGCAGGAACGUGUGGCAGUCAAGACGCACGCAUUGAAAAUGGGCGUGGCUAAUGAUGUCCAGGCACGCAGCGUUGGCAGCUAUGCCCAUGGCGGCACUCAGAAUGCCUUUCGCACCCACGUGGAGCUCUUAAGACGUGGCAGCAACGGCUAUACGCAGCAUCUGGAGAGCAACGGUGCCGUGCAGCUGGGCGAGGAACUGUUGCUGCGUGCACAUGUGUUGGCCGGCGAUGGCUGGAACUACACGAAGCUAAGUGACGUACAGCUGCAACGCAUUUCAGCUGGUGGCGAGCUUUUGAAUAGCGCUCAGCUGAUCACGCCGCGUGGCUGCCUUAACCCAGCCAUGCAGAGCAUAUGCGCGCAUGCGCCCAGCGCGGAGCAGCCGUUGGGCCAGCGACUGCAGUUCAGAGCCGUCAUGUUUCCGGGUAUGCACAGCGGCGAUGUGCUGGUCAUGUCCAUGCGCAUAACGGGCUGUCUGGAGCGCGAGGAUUGCCAGCUGACGGCGCAGGACUGCCAACCAGGCGUAGCCCAGCGACGACGACGGGACACCGAUCUCCAGCCACAUACCAAUGGCACAGAGGCAUCUGAACUUUCUCGCAUCACGUUCAGAGUGAUUAUGCCGCACAUGGAGCUGCAGGAGCAGCCAGCGAAUGUAAUUGACUUGGACACUGCGAACGUGACUGAUAGCUCCAAGUCAUUGGCAUUGUUUGGAAGCGUCGGCUUUGUGGUGCUGCUGCUGGGUGUCGCUGUCGUAGCACUUUACAAAAUGGGCAAAUAGAUUGAUGACGAUUG